AUGAGUCUCGAUAUCAUUAGCUUACUUAAUUCUGCAGCAUGUGAUGAUCCAAAUCUAAUGGUACCUGCAAGUCAGCAUCUUACUUUGGUCACUCAAUCAGGAGAGAAUUGUGAUAAUAUAUGUUCGGCCAUAGCAUCGUGUGUUUUUUCUAGCGAUGAUCGUUUAUCUACUGAUGGACGUUUUUUGGGGCUUAUCUAUCUCAAAAAUAUGGUGUUUGAUGUCAAAAUCCGGCAUAGUAUUGAUCCUAAUGUCAAAAGGAAAGUGGAGAUGUUAUUUUUUGAUUAUAUAUCCCGUGGUACGGAAAAUAGCUUUACCAAUCUAGUUGAAAAUAUUCCAAGAAUUGGUGGACUUGUCGCUGAGCUUACUGCAAGGUACGUAAAAAUUGAGUGGCUAAAGAAUGAUUGGUCAGACUCCUUGUGGGAUAAUCUUUUGUGUUGGCACGCAUGGUCUUCAUUGCGGUCUGGACUGAAGGCUGCAGCAAGUUUCAGGUUGCCUGCACGGCGCCGCGCUUUUAACAUCACGAUCGCGAAGUUAUUACCAAGUGUUAUAAGUUGCUUCAAAAAUGCGUCCACAAAUUUAGAAGUGAAUAUUGAUCCGUGUAUAAAACUUUCGAAGUUACUUUAUUCAUGUUUUAACUUGGUUGGUAAAAAUGACAUCUCGGCUCUAGUCAAUAAAACAGAGAUCUAUGAAGGUGCUUUUACGGUUGCUCUUCUGGCCUUGGAAUUAGCGUUUCAAAGUACACUGGACACUGACAAAUCCCCCCUGAUGUUUGUGUUUCGUCGACGUGUAUCAAAGUUAUUGUUUGCUUUGUUUUUGUCCUGUCCUCUGGAAACCAGAGAUUGCUUUAUUGAACAUAUAUUAGAGCAUGUUUUAAUAAUUGUUUCGUAUUCUGGUGAUGUACAAUUGAAUUACAAGGAUGGGUGUGCAGUGAAGUGGCUUUUGGGAAUUACUUACAGCGUGCUUUGUUGCAAGUCGCCAAAAUACGGAGGUCAGGUCGAACUCACUGAACAGGGGAAGCGUAAGCUAGCACUGUGGAUGUCUCAGCCUUACCAGUUACCCAGUGGACAUAUCAGCAACAAAUGGACGUAUUUCAUGAUGUCACUUUUUGAACAUUGGUUUAUACUUACUCCAAACGAGUUACAGUUUUUCACAAGUGAUCCAGAGGGUUGUUUAUCUUCGGGUGGUAUUUCCAGUAUCAAUGUAGGACAUGACGCUAAAGCUAAUUCGGUGUAUGCUGAUUUAAAUUCUUUUUGGAAUGUAGAUAAUCAAGCAAGUGAAUUGUGUGUAUGUAACAUUGAAACAAUAAUGGGUGUCUCUGAUAGUUCCCAGCACGUGCUAACACCCCAACCUUGUCGUCAAUUAACAGAACUUAUCUUUACAAUAUUCUGCCGAUUAUAUGAGGAGGCGGACCCAGUAUUAUAUGAGAUAGUUCAGUCAAUUAAUCCUGGAACAAAUAAACCAUAUAUCUUUGAAUCUGUUAUGAGAUUUGUACAACUGUGUUUACCAUAUUUUGGAACUAAACCAAAUUGGGUCACUUUAGCGGAACAGCUUAUAGCUGAUGGAUUGGUAGUAGGACAUUCGAUACAAGAUCGCAUGGGGUCACAACCUAUGGAAAAUGAAAUUACUUCUGUUAUAAUUCUAACUCGAACUCUAUCACUUUUGCCGCGUUACAGUGUACAAUGUAUCCCACCAGGAGAUGUGGAGUUUUCAUCACUGAAACCUAACUGUAAUGAUGCUCUUUCACAUAUCAAUCGAUUUUUGAAUCGUUCAUCUAAGUGGAAUCAGAAUGUUUUCCAAAAGCAAUUAAUGAUGUGCAUCAGACUAGCGGCUGCAUACAGUCUUACGUGGCUUCUGGAAGUAUCAGUAUUUCCUGAGGAUAUUUUGGUGUUACAUGCUGAAAAUUUACUAAAUGGCACUCUUUUUUUGAUCCAGGAUGUUAAAGAAUGUGAAACACAAAUGUAUAUGUUAACUUUAUUAGGAAAAUUAAUUCAUAAAAUUAAUUUAAUUGUUUAUCCUCAAUUCAUUACUCCAAUUCUAAACACUUUGAAUCAUUUAUGGAAUCUUAGUGGUUUAAGUGCUGCACUACGAGCUAGUAUUCUAAAUACUGUCUGUCUUCUGGUUACUGAAUUUAAUGGAUUCAAUGAAUGUUCUUCACUUCUCCCUGAGUUCAAUACAUUAAUACACAGUUCUGUAAUUCGUUUAAUUCAAAUGUCACUAUAUCAAGCAGAAGAAAAACAAAUAAAUGGUUCAGAAGCUUUAUUUGAACCAGCUAUUCGUUUAUGGGCAAGUUUAGUUGAAGGUCUUAAUUCAUCAUGGUCACCAGAUUUAAUUAAUUUAAUGCCGAUAUUAGUUGGAGAUAGUGUACGUUUAAUGGAAACUGGUGGAGACCUGUCGGUUAGUAAUUUGUUGAAACAAUCAUUACUUGGUCGCGUGGAUUCGGGUGAACAGGCUGAUCUAGUUUUCCGUAUUGCUUAUGGUACUUUGAGGCUAGCUCACAAAGCUGGUAAUGAUAUUUUACAAAACUUUAUAUGCCAAUGGUCCGAACCCUUUUGGGUAUCCAUUUUGAUUGCCAGUUUGAAUUGGAAUAAUUCACUUGGGGAACAAGUAAAUUUAGAAGAUCUUUAUUCUCAAGCUUCUUCAUGCAUUAAUGAUGAAAAUAAAACAGAUGAAGAGUCGAAAUACAGAUUAAAUCAACUUAAACUAUUCAAUAUAUGGUUUACAAUUUAUUUGGACAUUCAAUAUUCUCAACAAAAGUUUACAUCUUUACCAUCAAGUGCAAUUGGCUUAAUUUUUUUAGCUGCUAAAUAUUGCUUGAUUCGUGCUCCUGAAAAUGCACAUUCUGAUGUUACACCAAAAGCUACGGAACUUCGACUGGAACUUCUUUCUCGAUUAGUAUUAUAUCCUAAUAUGUGGUUUUACUUUACUUAUACAUUACAAUUAGUUCGUAAAUUUGCUGAUAAUAACAAUCAACCUAAUUUACAUUCAUUGCUACAAGGAUAUCAUAAUUCAAUUGGUCAGCAGUGUUGUUCUACAUUGGAUGAAUUAAGAAACUUGUUAAGUUCACCGAUUGGUCGGUGGUUAGGACGUGUGGAUUCUUUGCCUAGUUAUAUUGAUCGACGGUGUAUAGCCGUUGCUACUAUUACUUGUUUUAGACAAGGUGUUCAGUCAUACACUAUUAACGAUCAUCAACUACUUGAUGUGAAGUAUUUAGAAGAUUUGGCUGUAAAUGACAGUUGGCAUGCUCAAUGGCUUGAACCGGUCAUCAAUCUUAUUAUACAGGUCCUUUACGAUGAAGAUGAAGUGUUUACAGAAGAUGAAAAUAUUCAGUUUUAUCAUUUUUAUCCAAUAGGAAUUUCUACAUCGAACAAUUUAAAACAUCGACUUAGAAAUGAACUCAGUUUAUGGCAAGAUCAAGUAGGCUGUCCUACAAUAGCCGAUGCUUUGAUAAAAUGUCAUGUUGAUCCAGCUCUUCGUGUUCAGUUAGAAUGCCAAUUAAAUCAAAGUGAAUAGUAUAAAAAAAACAAUAAUAAAUCUUUGUAAAAAUUCUUCUGAAUACUACAAUGUAUAAAUAUUUUAUUUUCAAAUAAAACCCUAUUUGAU